AUGGCGCCUCGACUCAACCUCUUCACAGCCAACAAAGCCGUCUCGGCCCUGCGCCAAUCCACCACUUCCGCACUGUCUUCCCCCCGGAGCAUCGCCAGCCCUGUCCGAUUCCGCGCCGUCCAGUCACUACCCAUUCAGCGCCGAUGGAACUCCUCAAGCGAUGGCUCGAAGAAAGUCGAGUCCGAGCUUGACGAGAAGACUUUCCCGACUUCCGAUCAGCUCCCCGAUGUCACCGAGGAAGCCAACGAGAUCUCCCGAAUCAUGGAUAAGGAAAAGCGCUGUGAUGGUAUUCCUUCUUCCCCGGAGUUGGAUCAGGGGUCACCCGUUGAGGAGAUCCUCAGCCGCGAUAAGGACGCUAUGAAGCACAUGCCGAAGGUUAUGCGGGAUGCAUUGAAGAAGUCUGGUGGCUCGCGCUCGUUCUCCACUUCGGCUCGGAGCCUCAUGAACGAUAUGCACGUUGGGCCUGAGUCUAACAACCUUCCUGAGUCAAACCUCAUGCCUAGUAUGGCUGGAGAAGGCGCUAGCGAUGAGGCCGCCGCUGCUCUUGCUAGCAUGAUUGAACAGGUGCAGGGUCAGGCUCUUGAAGAGAACCCCGGACUUAAGUUCGACCCUCCUGUCGUCCCCGAGGACCUUAAGACAUUGAACUUCCGCAAGCGCUACGAUACCAUGCAGGAUCAGUUCACCAAGAUGAUGAUGGAGAGUGGGAAAUUGACCAAGGCGCAGAAGAACAUGUCUCUGGUUCUGGAUCACCUCCGCACCUCCUCUCCCCCACAGGUCAACCCCCGUCGUCGUCUCCUCGGCGCCCCUCCUGCUUCCCAGCUCCCCCUCGACCCCGUCCUCUACCUCACUCUCGUCGUCGACUCCGUGGCGCCUCUCUUCCGAAUCCGUCAGCAGAAGGGUAUCGCCGGUGGUGGUACUGCCGUGCAGAUCCCCCACCCGCUGACUCUGCGUCAGCGUCGCCGUACUGCCAUCAAGUGGAUUCUCGAUGCGUCGGAUAAGCGUCGCGAUGCGUUGUUCGCGAACCGUGUUGCGGCGGAGGUGGUGGCUGUUGCGGAAGGUCGUAGCGGUGUCUGGGAUAAGAGGGACCAGCAGCACAAGAUUGGUAUCUCUGGUCGUGCAAACUUGAAUACUAACCCUCGUCGCUAA